AUGGCAGUUGGAACAUGGCUUACACCUUCGUUAGAUAAACCUGUUGUUGAUCUUACUAUAUACAGGAGCAUGAUUGGUUCGUUGCUUUAUCUAACUGCAAGUCGACCUGAUAUCAUGUUUUCUGUUUGCUUUUUCAUUCAAGCAUACUCAGAUUCAGAUUUUGGAGGUUGCAGUCUUGAUAGAAAAAGUACAAGUGGCGGAUGUCAAUUGUUAGAUGGGAAGCUUGUUAGUUGGCAAUCGAAAAAGCAAACUUGUGUUGCAAAUUCAACUGCUGAAGUAGAGUAUGUUGCGGCUAUUGCUUGCACUUCUCAAAUCAUAUGGAUCCAAAGUCAAUUGCGAGAUUAUGCAAUAAAUAUGAAAAAGAUUCCAUUGUGUUGUUAUUCUCAAAGUGCAAUACACAUUUGUCAUAAUCCAAAACAAGUUCUGUUCCAGGCCAAAUUUCGAAAGAAUGAAAAGAAGGUGUUGAGGACAAGUGUCAAUUCAGAGUUUGUGUCUAAUUAG